AUUGAGGAAGUCUUGGCGGGGAGGAGUGCGGGGAGGGACACAUACUAUGCCUUCGUGUGGGGACAGGCAGCAGGUGGAGGGACACUGGCUCAUGUCAUAGUCACAGCUGUCCCAUCCGUACCAUGGCGAGUAGCAAUGACGAGGUUCGAAACCCCACUGAGGUGCGUAUGAGUCAGAUGGUGCUCCCAUGUCACGCCAACCACCGUGGUCAACUCAGCACCGGACAGCUGCUGAAAUGGAUAGACACUGCGGCCUGCUUGUCAGCCGAGAGGCACGCAGGCUGCCCGUGUGUCACAGCCUCCAUGGACGACAUCUAUUUUGAACAUACAAUUAGUGUUGGACAAGUUGUGAAUUUAAAGACAAAGGUGAACCGGGCCUUUAAUUCCAGUAUGGAGGUUGGAAUCCAUGUCACCUCUGAAGACUUGUGUAAUGGGAAAGAAUGGAAAGUCUGUCAGGCAUUUGCAACUUUUGUUGCGCAACCACAAGGCAAUAAAAAAGUGAAGCUAAAACCCGUGACUCCAGUUACAGAAGAGGAGCACCUGGAGCACAGCAUUGCUGCUGAAAGACGACGUAUGAGAUUAGUCCAUACUGACAAUAUUAAAGACCUGCUGACCCGCAGCACCCAACAGGAUGAAAGAAGCCUAGAGAGGGGGAUGAAUGGAGAAGUUCUUGCCCAGAAGACUCGCGUGGAGAGUGUUGAACUUGUGCUGCCACCACAUGCCAACCAUCAGGGCAAUACUUUUGGUGGGCAGAUAAUGGCCUGGAUGGAGAAUAUUGCCACAAUAGCUGCCAGCCGGCUUUGUCACGCUCACCCAACUUUAAAGGUAAUUGAAAUGUUCCAUUUUCGGGGACCUUCACAAGUCGGGGACCGCUUGAUCCUGAAGGCCAUUGUUAACAAUUCCUUCAAAGACAGUAUGGAGGUUGGUGUCUGCGCCGAGGCCUUCUGCCACGAUGUGGAUGUACCCAGAAGACACAUAAACAGCGCUUUCAUGACUUUUGUAGUUCUGGAUGAAAACAAUCACCAAUGUAUUCUUUCUCGCAUCAAACCUGAGCCAGGGGAUGGAGAACGACGGUAUCGUGAAGCAAUUGCUCGUAGAAAAAUUAGACUGGACCGUAAAUAUGUGAUCUCCUGCAAACAGUCAGAGAUGCCGCUGUCAGUCCCAUGGGACCCGUGCAACCAGGUUUACCUCAGCUACAACAAUGUAUCCGCCUUGAAAAUGUUGGUGUCUAAAACUGACUGGGUCCUCGCCUCAGAAAUUAAUAAGGUUCGGCUGUACACGCUGGAGGACGGCAAAUUUCUGUCCUUCAAGGUUGAGAUCAUAAUAUCCGUUGACGCAAGAGAAACCUUCAACCUGCUUUCUGAUCUUAGUCGCCGCUCUGAAUGGGACAAGUAUUACAAGGAAUGCCAGCUCUUGCAGCAAGUAAAUGAAGACGAUGCUAUUUACCAUGUAGUCAGCACCGUGAGUAGCACAGAAGGCAAACAUCAAGAUUUUGUCAUUCUGGCUUGUCGGCGGCCGCCCUGUGAUGUUGGAGACCCUUAUGUUGUUGCCUUUCGCUCCGUUACCCUCCCCACUUAUCCUCCCCGUGCUGAGUACACCCGAGGAGAGACCCUCUGCUCUGGAUUCUGUAUCUGGUCACAAGGACCUAGGACAAAGGUCACCUAUUACAAUCAGUUUACCCCAGGACUGGUCUCACAAGUAACUACCAACAUCUCCGGACUGUCAUCCGAUUUUGCCAACACUUACCAAUCCUGUGAGCAAUUUCUCAUUAAGAAUACAAUGGACUCUAACCAACCAUAAAGCACAAGGCGUAGCUAUAGAUGUCUAGUUGGAGUGAGUACCUAACAUGACCAUCACCCGUCAGACCGAAGCCUAAAUCAUGAGCCGCCAAUGGUAUCAAGUGAGGAGAAGUGCAGACUAGUGAUGGAUGGACAGAGGUCACAUCAUGUCGGGGUCAUUCCCAACUUAAUUGAUUCGAAAAUACUUUGCACGCAAAGCACUUUGGUUUUUGUGAUGAUAUUUCGGGGAUUUUGACUGUUUAUUGAGGCGUUACCUGAAAUCAUGGUAGGAAAUAUUGUCUAAUUGUGUGUUUUUUUCCGUGUAGUUAUAUAAUAAAGAAUUGACAAGUGACAACAUAUGUAUUAUGUAUUUAACUGUAAAUGUUGGUAUUACCGCACAAGCAAAAUCAACUUCAAAAAUGACAAUGGAUAUAGGUAAAAAUGACUUUCAUGGGGUUGUCUAGAAUCAGAUAAACAUGGCUGCUUUCAUCUAAACACAGCUCCCCAUUUGUCCACAGGUUGUUUGUGGUAUUGCAGCUCAGUCUUCUUUCCUUCAUUGGAGCUGAUAGCACCACAUAGGUCCACGGGUUGUGUGUCCUAAGUUUGGAAGGAGGUAGC